GAUUGUGUGGAGAUUCGCCAAAGCGAGAAAAAGUGGACUUUUAACAUGGAAAGCGAAGAGCGAAUUCCAUCUCUACCUGCCAAUCUGAAGCUUGAGCAGUUUGAUGAGCUUUUAGCCCUUCCAAGCGAUCUCUCUUUCCUACCACUGGCUAACAUUCCUAGAAAUGUACUACGGCUUACUGCAUUGGAAAUGCUUGAUGCCACCAGAAUUCCCAAGCAUCUGAUUUCGUAUAUUGGUCCCACCAUUACGGUAGAAAUAAAACCGAAGCAAGGAUUCUACCAGAACCAUCUUUCUAUGGACAUUCCAUAUUGCAACAACUGCAUUUUGCAGCUCGAAAAAUGCGGUUCGGACCAUUUCGAGCAGAUGUACGAUUUCUGCCCACUUGACCUUUACUCGGGCAAUUUUUCAAGAAUGAAGUCUUCACUAGAGGCUCUCAUGAAAGUUCCACACAGGAAUCUGCGUCUUUUCACCGAUGGAAACUUGGUAGGGAUGAUAUCCUCAAGAGAUUCGAUGCACAAAGUUUGA